UUCAGCCCGCUUGUUUGAGAUCAGUGUAGCCUACCUACCGAGGUGGAGGGACGAUGCCACCGUCUCGUAAUAACGGACAGUGCACGAACAGACCGCGUCAUCGAAAUUAAGAAUAUAAACCGUUAUUGAAACAGAUUGGGGAGAAAAUAAAGGGAAAGACAUUUUAUGCAAUUUAAAAAAAUAUCUUCUCCGAAAGAAAGGAAAAUACUUAAAACUGUAGGAACUCCCUGGCUCACAUCCACAAAAGUGAUUCUGUCAUUAUGAAGAAGAACAAUUUAGCCAAACGGGGUCCUCAAGAUGUCAACCAGCUGUCAUCGCAGCCAGACAAAGUAGGCUGGAUCCGCAAGUUCUGUGGCAAAGGGAUUUUCAGGGAAAUAUGGAAAAACCGUUUCGUGAUACUGAGAGGAGACCAUCUGUACAUCUCUGAGAAAGAGGUGAAGGAUGAGAGGAAGGUCCAGGAGUUGUUUGACCUGGCUGACUACGAACGCUCUGAGGAGCUGCGCAAGGCCAAGAGUCGCAGUAAGAAGAACCACAGCAGGUUCACCCUGCUUCGCUGCAAGCAGCCUGGGAACAUGGUGCCCAAUCUUGUGUUUUUGGCCGUUAGCCCCGAGGACAAGGAGUCGUGGGUCAAUGCCCUCAAUACAGCCAUCAUCAAAGCCAAGAACCGCAUCUUUGACGAGGUCACAAUUGAAGAGGACAGUGUCCUGGUGCACCCUACACGUGAUCGUGCCAAGAUUCCCCAUGCACGGCGCUUGCCCACCCGGGGACACCUCAUGGCUGUGGCAUCCACCUCUUCAGACGGAAUGUUGACCCUUGACCUUGUCCACGAGGAAGAUGACUCCACCCCAGAUGAUGAGGAAGAAGGCUUCUGGGAAAAUAACUUCCGGGUUGACCUAGACAAACGGACCACAGGUCGUCAGCGUUCUGGCACAGAUGUCUCCAAACUCUGUGUCACCACAAGGGACCCAAGGGUACCCAAGACGGGCAGCCUGCCUCGCGGGAGCGAGCUCUCCUGGGGCCGGGCGCACCAUCUUGAGGCUCAAUCCCACACUCCUCAACCAGGGAAGAGGUUCAGUGCCCAGGGUAGGAGCCGCUGCGCCUCCAUGGACGAGGUCCUUUCCUCACGGCCAGUCAGAGGUGUCCUUCGCCCUCGUCCCACAGAUGAACCUGUCCAGCCUGUUGGACAACUGCAGAGUCUUAUCGCCCAGAAAAUGCAGAGGGCUCAGGAACUGCUGGAAGAAAUGCGAUUGGAGGAACUGCAACAUGCAAAGGGCAUUGACUCGCCCUAUCUGAAGAGCAUUGACUCGCCCCGCUUGCACCAUCUGAGAGGGUCUGAGUCUCCUCACUCCAGGGCCUCAGGCUCACCUCGCAGUAAGAAUAGUGACUCCCCACGUUUGAGGGUAAAAGACUCGCCUCGUUUGAAGGGGAAAGACUCACCUCGUAUGAAGGGCAAGAAGUCCCGCUCAAAAGGUACAGACUCACUCCAUUCAAAGAGUGAUGACUCUCCUAAUUUGAGGGGUAAGGACUCUCCCCGUCUCAGGGUUACUGACUCUCCCCGUCUCAGGGCUGCUGAUUCUUCCCGUUUCAUGGAAACACACUUGCCAAGUCUGAAGGGUUCUGACUCCCCACGUCUCAAGAACAUUGGUUCACCCUUUUCAAAAAGUUUUGACUCAUCUAGUCUGAAGGACUCUGUCUCGCCUCGCAUCAAGGAUACUGAUUCUCCUGUUCUGAGGGGUAAGGACUCGCUAAAUAUAAUUGGCAAGAAUUCUCAGAGUCUGAAGAGUAUCGGCUCAACUUAUCCUAAGGGUGCUGACUCGCCCUGUCUGAAGGGUGCUGACUCGCCCCGUCUGAAGGGUAAUGACUCGCUCCAUAGUAAGAGUGCACACUCACUUAUCAGUGACUGUGAUUUGGAGAGUAGACGGGCAGAGGCGGAGCGUCUUCUGCAGGAAGCCGUCUCCUCCUGGCGUCAGGCUAAGGAGGUGCUGGAGGAGGUGAAGGAGCUGCAGACGCAGUCACUAAACCGCCGCUCCGAAAAGAAAACAGUAGAGAGGCCCCCAACACCGCCCCAGGACUAUAGGCUGGAGGACCAGUGACUCUGUCGCCAACACAGCUGGAAAGCAUGCUGCCUUCUCUCCAAACAAAGACAAUUAGAAAGAGCACUAGGGGCAUGGAGUACCUUCAGUACAUUUUCUGUCACGGUUUUGUUGUCAUUACUUGCCAGUGUUGAAGCACAAAGCUUUUAGGGUCUACUGCUCAUUCUACACUGUUUUAUAUUGAUCCUUGUUUCCAUACCGUAUACUAGUCAAAUUAAGCUGAGCAAGUAAUGACAGAAAUAUUUUAUUAGCACUGCUGUUUCCUUGCUGGUGUGAAUAGGUUAGAUGGACCUUGACCCCAUAAUAUGAUUCUGGGCAUUAGUUUUUGUUCCCUUUGUCAAAGGCUCUGUGGUCCACUCUGUGGAUGGAGGGAUGGGCGUCUGGGCUGUAGGAGCAGAGCAGAGCUUUAUCCUGGUUUGUGGAUGGGGGGUGACUCAGACUGAGAAGCAUAAACAGGGCAAGAGUGGGGGCGCCGUGCCUCGGUGACACUGACACGCCCAAGGAAAGUCAUGCUGUUCAUGUAUUUACAUUUAUUAUCUGCCAGAGGUCGAUUAGGUUUCAUUGCAAAAUGCUUUGUACUGUAAAUAUAAGCAUGAAAUGCUUUUUUAUAAUGGACAAAUGGAAUGAGAAUUUUUGCGUGGAAACAUUGUCUGAGGAGCAUUAUUUCAGUCUGAAAUGCAUAUAUGGAGAAGAUGCCUGGGAUUUCUCUCUUUCGGUUAGCUUCAGUUAUUGACGACUUGCAGUCAAGUCCAAUGACCUUGAAGCAUCAAGAUUUUCCCCAGUCAGAAACCUAGUAUUGUAGUUGUUGGUCUUCUCAGAGACUGAAUACAAAGGCAAUCUUUCUCUUACUGUGAGCGUGUUAUGUCCUCUUUCCCUCUGUGUCCUAAACUGAGCAAUAAUAAUCCAGGGACAGAUUCAAGAUGCCUGUUAACAUUAUGCAAUCAAACUGAUUCAUUUGACAAGUUGGAUUCCUGACAUGUUUAGCUAAAACUCACAGACCACUUUAAUUGAAAGGAUAUCAAGUAACUAACUGCUUUGCUUUAUUAAAUGCACUUCUAUUUUCGGGUCAUGUAACAUGGUCUCUUGCUUGUACUCAGAAUUCCUCUAUUGUUUUGGUUAAUUGGGGUUCUGUGGUCUACCAAAGACUGCAUGUGAGUGAUUCAGCGGAAGCGAGCAAGAGAACAUGCUCAUUAACUCUGAUCAGCAUCUGAGGAGAAAUGCUAUUAUGGGAUUAUAAUUGCAGGCGUCAUGUUGGGUCUCUGUAGUGUUUGUUGCUCUUCUAAUCAGGUGGGAAGAUGAUUUUAACAGUUCUUCUGUUUCUCUUCCAAAAGGUGCACAGGGUAAUCUCACAACAAGAGGAUCAAUGAUUUAAUGAGAGAGAGAGAUGAUGAAAGCUUCUGAAAGGUUUUCAGAGCACAAAGAUGGGAGCACAAAACAUUUGGAGAUUUAAGGAUGGGUUAGUUGCACUGCACUAUUUCAUACCAAAAUAGGGUGGAAAUCAAUGUUCUUAGUGGCAUGUCCUGGUUUAGUCACAUGGUCAGUAUUUCCCACCAUGCCAUUGGCUGACUGCCAAAAUGUGACUCAUAGGUCACUGAGUUGAUAUUAACAUGCACAGUGCAUCUAGGACAGGACAAACAUCGCUCAAUUACACCAGGCUCACCUCACAUACGGUUACAAUCACUCAUGUGUGAUUGCGGUUUAUCAGUUUAUUUGAUUAUGUGUACGUGUGUGUCCCUUCAGCAGCAAUUAUAUGGCUUUGGUGCACAUGACAACAUGCAAUACAGUAGGCCUAAUGUUGAUAACGAAAGAGAUCUCCACCACUGCUUUGUAAUCUGACCUAAGCCAAAGACCAGCGUAUAGCAACUCCGCCAGAAAGAGGUGAAAAGUGGUUCAAAUGUCUCAAGAAAUCUGCAUAAAUAGAUUUUAUUUACAGCAAUUGAGAAAUUACUAAUGUAUGCAUAAGUUAAAUAAAUAAUUUACACCGAA